AUGGAGGCCGCCGUCGGCGGAGCGUUCUUCCGCGGCCACCCUGUGCGCCUCAACAGAGCGGGCUUUCCGCGCGAUGCGCUGUUCGCAGGCCAUUCCGGGAAGGUUGUAAGAGUAACCGCGUCGGCGGAGCAGCCGUCAUGGCGCGCGAAGGCGGCGGCGGCGGGCGCAGGGACCGUGACGCAGGCUGUUGUGGCCGAAAGCCCCACUUCUGCGUUCUCCGCGUCCCCCUCUCUCUCCGCGGAACCGCAACGCGCAGCACCCGUAUUUAACGGCGCCGCACCCGCAACAGCCAAUGGGACCGCGCCAGCUGGCUCCGAUACAGUGGCAGCCGGGCGCGCGGUGGCGAUAUACGACACCACGCUCAGGGACGGGUCGCAGAUGGUGGGAAUCACCCUCUCAGUGGCGGACAAAUUGCGUAUAGCGGAGCUCUUAGAGGAUCUCGGGGUUGACUAUAUCGAAGCAGGCUGGCCGGGAUCCAAUCCCAAGGACGCUGAGUUCUUCCAGCGCUGGAAAGCCCGGGAGGCGGCACGGGAGGGGAUUGACAGGUUGACUGCAGCGGGAGGUGACAGUAACGAGGGGGAGAGGAGGCGGACGAAGCUGGCCGCGUUUGGAGCGACUCGUUAUAAGAACACGACGUGCGAGAAGGACGCGAAUGUUCAGGCGCUGGUGGAGAGUGGGGCGCCCGUGAUCACCCUCGUGGCCAAGGCGUGGGACGCUCAGGUGUUGAAGGUGCUGGAGGCGACAUUGGAGGAGAAUCUGGCGAUGAUAGACGACACAGUGCGCUACUUCACGGCCAUGGGCCGUCACGUCAUGCUGGACGCAGAGCAUUUCUACGACGGCUUCUCCGCCAACCCCGAGUAUUCGAUGCAGUGUGUGCGGGCGGCAGCAAGGGCGGGUGCGAAGGAGAUUGUGCUGUGUGACACUAACGGGGGCUCCAUGCCAUGGCGCGUGCAUGAGGUCACCCGUCUAGUAGUAGAAGAACUAGCAAGAGGGGCAGUGGAGGGCGAGUGGGGGAGUGAUGCGGGCGUGGGAGUGCACUGCCACAACGACUGUGGCAUGGCCGUGGCUAACAGUGUUGAGGCCGUGCGGGCCGGGGCGAGAGUGGUGCAGGGGUGUAUCAAUGGGUACGGGGAGCGCACCGGCAACGCUGAUAUCGUCACCGCUAUCGGCAUCCUGCAGGUGAAGCUGGGGUGCGAGUGCCUGCCUCGGGAUUCGCUCGCCCGGCUGGCGGAGAUCUCCGCGGAGAUUGCGCGGGUGGCGGGCCAGCCGCCCAACCCCGCCCAGCCGUUUGUGGGCGCCAACGCGUUCGCCCACAAGGGGGGGAUCCACGUUGCUGCUCUCAGAAAGAUGCCUGAGAGCUACAACCACUGCGAUCCCUCUCUCGUGGGCAACGCCAUGCGAUCAGUGGUCUCAGAUUUAUCUGGGCGGGGCAACAUUCUGGAGAAGGCAGAGCGGGCGGGGCUGGACCUGGGCAGGGAGGAGGCGGGGCAGGUGUUGGCGCGGAUCAAGCAGAUGGAGGCACGGGGGUUCGCCUUUGAGAAUGCCGCUGCUUCUGUUGACAUGCUGAUUGUGCGGCGAGGGGCGCGCUACCAGAUCCCUGCAGCGGAGGGCAACGGACCAGUCGACGCCCUCAACCAUGCCCUGCGGGCGUCGUUGGAUCCCCACUUCCCCCAGCUAUCCCAAGUAGAGCUGGUGGACUACCGAGUGCGCCUGCUAGAACCCACAGAGAGGCGCAGCGGCACCAUGUCCACCACUCGGGUCACCAUCGACUUCUGUGAUAAGAGCACAGGAGCCACCUGGACCACGAGGCGCAGCGGCACCAUGUGUGCAGUGCGGUGCAGCACGGUGUUGGGUGUUGUGUUGGUACGAUGGGAGAGGCGCAGCGGCACCAUGUCCACCACUCGCGUCACCAUCGACUUAUGUGAUAAGAGCUUCGGGGCCACGUGGACCACGAGGCGCAGCGGCACCAUGUCCACCACGCGGGCCACCACCGACUUCUGUGAUAAGAGCUCAGAGGCCACGUUGACCACGGCAGCGGCACAAUGUCCACCACUCGGGUUACCAUUGUCUUCUGUGAUAAGAGCACAGGAGCCACGUGGCACCAUGUCCCCCACGCAGGUCCCCCUUAUCUCCUCCCCUCCUCCCCCUCCCCUUCUCUCCCCUUCCCUCGCCGCUCUCCCACCAGGUGGGAGCACACUCAUCCAUCGUGGAGGCCAGUUUCCGCGCGCUCAUAGACGGACUGGAAUUCGGCAUCGUCAACUGCAACGAGGUACUGACUUGUGA